AUGAUUAAAUCCCUCCCCGCAGCGGGGACGCUCUCAUGCCUGGUACGGAUGAUGGAACGAAGCUGGAAGUAUAUUGCCAUAGCGUGCGCCCUCUGGGUUGUGCAGAAGAUAUACAGCGCUAUUACCUCCCCGCUCAGGGCCAUCCCAGGCCCAUUCUAUACUAGUCUGACCCGGUUGCCUCUGAAGCUCUCCAUAAUUGCUGGACAACGGAUAUACUUCAUCCACAGCCUGCAUCAGAGAUAUGGCCCCAUCGUACGUGUCAGCCCGACCGAAGUCUCCAUUGCGUCUCUCCCUGAGUUCAGAGAGAUCCACCGUGUUGGCUCGCCCUUUCUGAAGAGCAAUUGGUACGAAAAGUUUGUAAUGGGCCAGCACUCGCCGGGGGUGUUUGCUAUCAGUGAUCCCAAGCAACACGGGGCUAGACGGAGACUAUUCGCGAGGGCGAUGUCGAAUACCGAGUUGAGACGGGUAUGGGAGGACGUAGUGAGGAGCAAGGUUCGCCUGGCUGUUGAUCGGAUUAAGGGGGAAUUAGAGGCAGAUGGGGCCAGAUGCGAUGUACUGAAGUGGUGGACGUUCCUUGCGACAGAUGUUGUAGGGCAUCUGAUGUUCGGGGAGGAUUUCGACAUGCUGAAUAUCGGUGUGAAAAAUGAAUACAUCCACGUCCUCGAAAGUACAAUGAAGGGCUCGGGCAUUAACGCAGAGCUCCCGCUCGUCGGGUGCAUCGGGAGGCAUUUGCCCUUCUCAGUCGUUCGAUCCAUGUUUCGCGCCAAUGACUACCUCACCAACUACGGAAAAAGGGCCGUCACGAAUGCCCGAGCGAAAAGUGACUCCAGCCGAAAUAUCUUCUCGGGGAUGCUGUACGAGGCCGAGAAAUGUACAGAUAGCGAUAGUGGUCUAAGCGAGCUGGACAUUAUCACGGAAGCAGGCAAUAUGAUUGUUGCCGGCUCAGACACCACUGCCGUUACUUUGACAUAUUUGGUUUGGGUGGUGCUGAGCCGGCCCCAGUUGCAAAGAGAGAUCGAGAGUGAGGUCCUCGCUCUGGAGGAAGGGUACGACGAUGCAAAGCUCGAGACACUCCCGGUACUCAAUGCCGUUAUCAAGGAGACCCUCCGCUUAUACGGUGCUGCUCCAGGAUCUCUCCCACGGACUGUGCCUCGUGGAGGUGCGACUUUGGGUGGAUAUUUCAUCCCUGAGGGCAUGACGGUGAGUACGCAGAGCUGGACGGUUCAUCGCGACGAGAAUCUCUUUCCAGACCCGGACAGUUUCAAUAUCUCGAGGUGGCUGGAGGAGAACGACGCCGGGUUUCCGGCUGCACAGCUGGCGUUUUCGCCGUUUGGUGCUGGUGGGAGGAUAUGUUUGGGUAUACACCUGGCGUAUAUGGAGCUGCGGCUCGCCGCAGCAGAGUUCUUCAGGAGAUGUCGAGGGGUAAGGCUGUCCCCGGAUACGACAUGGAAGAUUAUGAAGCCCAUGAAUUACUUCUUGAUUGCCCCAACUGGGAAUCGGUGUGAUAUUAUGCGGGGAUAG